AUGGAUGUGGAGGUGCCCAAGCCUGGUCAAUGGCCGGUCGAUCCCCAGGACGACCAAGAGAUCCGAAAAGAUCGCAUUUGGGUCGAUGGCUGCUUCGACUUCACGCAUCACGGUCAUGCUGGCGCACUGAGACAGGCCCGUCAACUAGGUGCAGAGCUCUACAUUGGCCUCCACUCGGACGAGGAAAUCUUGGAGAACAAAGGCCCAACGGUCAUGACUUUGGAUGAGCGAAUCGCCGCCUGCGACGCCUGUCGAUGGACAACCAAAGUCAUUCCCCAUGCUCCCUAUGUGACGGCCCUGCCUUGGAUCUCUCACUACGGGUGCUGGUAUGUCGCCCACGGCGAUGACAUCACCUCUGAUGCCGGCGGCGAGGACUGUUAUCGUUUCGUCAAGGCAGCAGGCCGCUUUCUCGUCUUCAAACGGACACCCGGCAUAUCCACCACCGACCUGGUCGGUAGGAUGCUACUGUGCACCAAGACGCAUUUCAUAAAAUCCUUGACAGACGAACUGCAGGGCAAGGUUGACGGUGUCCUUGACCCAACAAAGGCCGCCGCUGGGGCUGAGAUGCUUGAGAGAAUCAAAGACUAUGCCCUGGACGAGACAGCCUCGAAGCCCGGCGCCGAAGUCUGGACUUGGGCCAGCACUCGAUCGAACAAGCUAGGAGAGCAGGAAGAAGCUGCCGACGCUGGUACAUUCAAGAAGAUCGUGCCUGGGAAAGGUCCCAAGCCUGGUCAACGAAUAGUGUAUGUCGACGGCGGCUUUGAUCUCUUCUCCUCGGGCCAAAUCGAGUUUCUCAAGCGGGUCAAUCAAGCAGAGAACGACGAGGCUUAUGUCGUCGCCGGAGUUCACAACGACGACGUGAUAAACCAUUGGAAAGGCCUCAACUAUCCCAUCAUGAACAUUUUCGAGCGGGGUCUCUGUGUUUUGCAGUGCCGCUACAUCCACGCAGUGGUCUUUGGAGCUCCAUUCUCCCCUUCAAGGGCAUACCUGGAAGCCAUACCUGUGGGGAAGGUUACUGCGGUAUAUCACGGUCCGACCACGUUCAUGCCUUCGACGUUUGAUCCAUAUGUCGAUGCAAAGGAAAUGGGAAUAUUCCGGCAGAUCGAAAAUCACCCAUACUCUCACGUCAACGCCGCCGAGAUCGUCGGGCGAAUCAUGAAAGGCAGGCAGGCCUUUGAGGAGCGCCAGAGAAGGAAGGGAGAAAAAGCUGUGGGAGAAGAAGCCGUUCGACAACGAGAGAUCCUCGAGCAGAAGCAGGCUGCUUUGGAAGCAGAAAGGCGAGCUGCGAUGGAAUGA